CUCACGAAGAGGCAAGGGAAGAUCGUCAAACGUACAGCGCUGACCGAGGAGUCUAGCCGAGGAGAAAACGGAGGAAAAAAAUAUGAAAAUAUGAACGGACUGAAACUGCUGAAAAAUCUUUACGUUGGGAAAUGUAAUUCUGAAACGAAUCCAAGUAAUACACUAUAAGGAUAUCUGCAAGGACUAUUUACAACUGAAAGUAAAGUGCACAGAAACAUUGUCUCCAGAUUUUUUCUGAAGAAAAUACCGGGAAUGGAAUGGGGGAAUUUGUAUCUCUCCAAGGCAGGUAUAGGAUGGAAGAUCUGAUGAGAGGAGGAGAGGACAGUGAAUGAAGAUCUGACGAGAGGAGGAGAGGACAGUGAAUGAAGAUCUGACGAGAGGAGGAGAGGACAGUGAAUGAAGACCAUAAAGAAAGGAAAUAGCACAACUUUUUAUUUUUGUACUGUUCUGUUUUAUCUGCUCAGCUCCUUUAUCCAGACUGAUAAGUAGAUCUAUGGGUGCUGGACUGUUGGGCUGAGAGACGGGAUUACUGGGCGAAGGGAAAACAGGGGAAGACAGGGAGAGGAAAAGAAAGGCUGUGUGAGCCGGGUAGGAGACCCAACGUUUAUGUUGGUGACCUACAGUCAUUGCUGAGACUCACUCAGACGGACCAUGUGGUUUUUGCCAAGGAGAAACCGUCUCCUCUCCUCUCAGCAUCAGGACCAUGGGGACUGGCACGGUGCCCACAUACCCAGCUCCAUCUCCAGCCUCAGCAUCACCGCGUCCUUCUGGAUCUUAACUUUUUCCUGGUGCUUGGUGGCUGUCCGAGGCCAGGCCUACCACCCCACUGUGAACACGCAGUAUGGGAAACUCCGGGGGGUGAGAGUGCCCCUACCCAGUGAGAUACUGGGACCAGUGGACCAGUAUUUGGGGGUCCCGUAUGCAGCCUCCCCAGUGGGAGAGAAACGCUUCCUGCCCCCCGAGCCGCCCUCCUCCUGGUCGGGGAUAAAGAACGCCACUCACUUUGCCCCCGUUUGCCCCCAGAAUAUUCACAACGCCGUGCCAGAGAUUAUGAUGCCCAUAUGGUUCUCCUUCAGCCUGGAUAUAGUGGCCUCUUACAUACAGGAUCAAAACGAGGACUGUUUGUAUCUAAACAUCUACGUUCCUACGGAGGAUGUCAAAAGAAUAUCCAAGGAAUGUGCCAGGAAACCCAACAAGAAAAUGUGUAGACAAGGAGGGGCACAUGCCAAAAAACAGCCCGAGGAUUUAACGGAUAACGAUGGUGACGAAGACGAAGACAUACGAGACACCGGGGCCAAACCGGUGAUGGUGUUCAUCCACGGGGGAUCCUACAUGGAGGGGACCGGGAAUAUGAUCGACGGGAGCGUCCUGGCCAGCUACGGGAACGUCAUCGUAAUCACCCUGAACUACCGCGUCGGAGUACUAGGGUUCCUGUCUACAGGGGACCAGGCAGCUAAGGGGAACUACGGCCUACUGGACCAGAUCCAGGCUCUGAGGUGGAUCAGUGAAAACAUUGGAUACUUCGGAGGAGACUCCAACCGUAUCACGGUGUUUGGAUCUGGGAUAGGAGCGUCCUGUGUCAGCCUGCUCACCCUCUCACACCACUCUGAAGGUCUGUUCCACCGCGCCAUCAUUCAGAGUGGCUCUGCCCUGUCCAGCUGGGCGGUCAACUACCAGCCUGUGAAAUACACCCGUCUGCUGUCUGAGAAGGUGGGCUGUAACGUUCUGGAUACCCUGGACAUGGUGGACUGUCUGAGGAAGAAGAGUGCCAGGGAGCUGGUAGAGCAGGACAUCCAGCCAGCACGGUACCAUGUGGCCUUCGGACCGGUUAUAGACGGAGACGUCAUACCUGAUGAUCCAGAGAUCCUCAUGGAGCAGGGAGAGUUCCUGAAUUAUGACAUCAUGCUGGGAGUCAACCAGGGGGAGGGGCUUCGCUUCGUGGACAACGUGGUCGACUCAGAGGACGGCAUCUCGGGCAACGACUUUGACUUCUCAGUGUCGGACUUUGUUGACAGCCUCUACGGUUACCCAGAAGGCAAAGACACUCUGAGGGAAACCAUCAAGUUCAUGUACACGGACUGGGCGGACCGCGACAACCCAGAGACACGACGCAAGACGCUGGUCGCUCUGUUCACCGACCACCAGUGGGUGGAGCCGUCGGUGGUGACUGCAGACCUCCACGCCCGUUACGGCUCGCCGACGUACUUCUACGCCUUCUACCACCACUGCCAGAGUCUGAUGAAGCCGGCCUGGUCGGACGCAGCCCACGGGGACGAGGUUCCCUACGUGUUCGGGAUCCCCAUGAUCGGACCUACAGACCUGUUCCCCUGUAACUUCUCCAAGAACGACAUCAUGCUCAGCGCCGUGGUGAUGACAUAUUGGACUAACUUCGCCAAGACCGGGGAUCCCAACAAGCCUGUUCCUCAGGACACUAAGUUCAUCCACACCAAGGCUAACCGCUUCGAGGAGGUAGCCUGGUCUAAGUACAACCCCCAGGAUCAGCUGUACCUCCAUAUCGGUCUGAAGCCCCGCGUCAGGGACCACUACCGAGCCACCAAGGUGGCCUUCUGGAAACACCUGGUGCCCCAUCUGUAUAACCUCCACGACAUGUUCCACUACACCUCUACCACCACCAAGGUUCCCCCGUCCGAGACGACCCAGAACGCCCUGUCCACUAAGAAGACAUGGCCCUUCAACACCAAGCGCCCCCCCAUGUCCCCGGCCUACAACAACGAGGAUAAUGAGGCGUGGAACGGAGACGAGGAGACCGGGCCGUUGGUCAUAGAGAACCCCAGGGACUACUCUACGGAGCUCAGUGUCACCAUCGCCGUGGGAGCCUCGCUGCUCUUCCUCAACGUUCUAGCCUUCGCAGCGCUUUACUACCGGAAGGAUAAACGGAGGGAGGCUUUGGGAGGUCGCCGCGGUCAACCCAGCCCACAGACCCGCCACGGCCAGGCUACGUCCAACGACAUCGGUCACCACCAGGGUCCCAACGAGGAGGAGAUCAUGUCCCUGCAGAUCAACCAGACGCACCACGAGUGUGAGGCGAUGGGGGUGGGGAACCCCGGGAAUGACGGGGGGCUGCGUCUGGCCUCGCUUCCCGACUACACUCUGACCCUGCGGAGGUCACCGGACGACAUCCCUCUGAUGACCCCCAAUACCAUCACCAUGAUCCCAAACUCUCUGGUGGGGAUGCCCAACCUGCACCCUUACAACACUUUCACAGCCGGGUUCAACUCCACUGGCCUGCCCCACUCCCACUCCACCACCCGGGUAUAGCUUUACGGAGGAGAGGGAUGGUGGAGGAGAGGAGAGGGUGAUGGAGCAGGAGAAGAGGAUUCUGUUUUAUAAAUAUUACAGGGAAAGGGUUUGGGGGAGAAGAGGAGAGGAGAGGGAAGGCAGGAAUACGUGAGUGGGAUUAAAAAAUCAAGAGAUUUAACUAGACUUUUACUACCAAGAAGAGGACAGAGAGCGUCUGAGAGGAGAGGAGAACUCACUGCUUUCUGUGUGGAUGGCAAGUUGUGCAGAGCUGCCAAAAUCAAACUGCUUCUCCUCCCUCCCUCGAUGGGAUGGGGCUGAGGAGGGAGGGGUCCUUUCUGCUGUGUUUUUCUUCUAAGAGUCAUUUUAAAAGCCUUUUUAAGCAGACAGGGGAGAUUAUCAACACUUUGUUCUUGAAUUCAUAACACCAAGAGAAAAGUUAUUUUUCUUUCUCAUCUUCGUCUCUCCCGAGGGAGACAGAAAAGGCACGUCUCAAACAAAGGCCUCUACCAGGAAGUUGGCAUAAUGUUAGUCGCUUUUUUUUUCCAAUGCCUUACGAAAAGCUUGUUUUGUUUCGAUUUCUCUCUCUCUCUCUUAAUUUCUAUUCCAUGUGGAUUGUGUGACAUUUUGACGUGAAUCAAAAGACACAAGUGACUGAAUCGUGAACAAAUACAGAAAUAAAUAUAACCACACAAAUGGUCUUUUUUUAAUCUCCCAUAGAGAGGAUUUGUCUGGAAUAGACUCUGCCAUCCCAGAAGACACCAUAGGGGUAACAACUAUGUUACUGUGAUUGUUUUGUUAAGAACAAAAGUGCAUAUUUUCACCAAUUUAUCUGUUAAGUGAUCGGAUCUUAUCUCUCUCCACGAAGUGUGUACUUUUACACAGACACACACUGCUCAGCGCACCUGUGUGCAUAUAAACAUGGUUGUGUGUGUGUGUGUGUGUGUGUGUGUGUGUGUGUGUGUGUGUGUGUGUGUGUGUGUGUGUGUGUGUGUGUGUGUGUGUGUGUGUGUGUGUGUGUGUGUGUGUGUGUGUGUGUGUGUGUGUGUGUGCGUGUGUGUGUGAGCGUGUGUGUGAGCGUGUAUGUUUGCACACCAGCGUAUCCAUGCUUGUGUGUGAGUGCCAGUGUGUGUGUGUGUGUGUGUGUGUGUGUGUGUGUGUGUGUGUGUGUGUGUGUGUGUGUGUGUGUGUGUGUGUGUGUGUGUGUGUGUGUGUGUGUGUGUGUGUGUGUGUGUGUGUGUGUGUGUGUGUGUGUGUGUGUGUGUGUGUGUGUGUGUGAGUGCCAGUGUGUGUGUGUGAGUGCCAGUGUGUGUGUGUGAGUGCCAGUGUGUGUGCUUACACAAGUGUUUUUGCGUUUG